AUGCCCGAAAUGCUUUCUAUCUUGGUGUUCAGCAUCAUUACACCCGUGGUCUCUUUUGCGGGCAACUGUACUCGUGAAUUCCUCAAGACCAGUGCGGAUAGUCUUGUUGCUGCCCAGACUGCCGGCAACCCGGAGCUCCUUCAACCAAAAUCAAAUAACUUUGAGUAUCAUGAGAACUUCGCAGAAGCAUCCUUCACGGCGGGGAUAUUAUCAUCCCCCCUCAAGGUGGACCAUAAUCGACACAGCCUUGACACCACUCAAUGCGCCACUUACACUGAGAUAGUCUCAGCGACAGGGAGCAAGCCAUAUGUCAUCGGUGUACAAAUGUAUUUCACAGACAAUGUCAUCUCAAAAGUGGCCACACUCAUCACGACCACUGGUGACUGGCUUUUCAAUGCAACUGGGACGCUGUACUGGGCCAGCAGAGAGGACUGGAGUACCAUCCCCGAGGAAAAGCGCGAUUCUCGGGACGUUAUCCAGGCGGCAGCGGAGGCCUAUCUUAACCUGUUCAGCGACAAUAGCACUGUAGUGCCGUGGGGUUACCCUUGCUCGAGGCUGGAAGGAGGGAUGUACACGGGAAACGGCGGGCCCAAUGAUAGAUGUGACGUGGGCAUUCCUAGCGGUGUUUCUCUCGUGAGCCGGCGCUAUGUCAUCGACGAGACAGCCGGAGCUGUUUCUGUUUUCCUGAGUUUCUCUGGCCUUCCAGACAGCCAUGAGUUCCGCAUUGAGGGGGGAAAGCUCCGUUAUGUACACACUAUCACUGUUUUGAGUGUUAGAGCCAAUGGCAAAGAGAAGAUGAGAGCUAGGAAGGCCAUGGCCACCUAUCCAACGAAUUGA